AAACGACGGUUUCAAGUUUCUUGAGUCUCUAUUUAAGGAGCUCAUUGGGGCUUUUUUUCCUUCACAGUGAUAUUGUUGCUCUAUUCUUCUUGUUGUUCUUGUGCUUGUUCUUUGUUUUUUGUGAGAGAAGGAGCAAUGGCUACUAUUAGGAUUCCUCACCCUGUUCCUUCUCCCGUUGAGGAUGCUCAGGCUCUCAUGAAAGCUUGCAAAGGAUGGGGAACUGAUGAGAAGGGAGUAAUUGAAGUCAUAGCAUACAGAGAUGCUACUCAAAGGAAGCUAAUCAGAGAGGCUUAUGAAGAGCUUUUUAAUGAAAAUCUCAUUAAGCGACUCGAAUCUGAACUCUCUGGAGACUUUGAGAAAGCAGUUUACCGUUGGAUGUUUGAUCCAGCAGAGAGAGAGGCCAUCAUUGCUAAUGUAGCGAUUAAGGAUAAUGACUAUCGAGUUAUAAUUGAAACUGCUUGCAUCAAUUCGGCAAAAGAGCUCUUGGUUGUAAAGCAAACUUAUCAUGCCAUCAACAAGCAUUCACUUGAAGAAGAUGUUGCAUCUCAUAUCACUGGAGAUUUCCGCAAGCUUUUGGUUGCUCUUGUGAGCACCUAUAGAUAUGAUGGAGAUGAGGUCAAUAUUAAGUUAGCACAAUCAGAAGCCAAGGUUCUUCAUGAUGCUAUCAAGGAGAAAAUCUACAAUCAUGAAGAGAUUAUAAGAAUCUUGAGUACAAGAAGCAAGGCACAACUCAAUGCUACCUUUAAUCAGUACAAGGAUGAGUAUGGAGCUUCCAUCACCAAGGAUUUAUCUGGUGAAGGUUCAAAUGAAUUUGCAUCGGCACUUAGAGUGGUUGUUCGAUGUAUCAUCUCUCCUAAGAAAUAUUUCGAGAAGCUUCUGCGUAGCGCAACUAGCAACCGUGGUAAUGAAGAUGCACUAACCCGUGUAAUUGUGACACGGGCAGAGAAGGAUUUGAGCGAGAUCAAGGAACUUUAUGAGAAGAGAACCAACAUGAGUCUUGAUCAAGCAAUUAGCAAGGAGACUUCAGGGGAUUACAAGAAAUUUCUGCUCGCUUUGCUAGGGAACUGAAGUGUUCUAUCAUUGUUCAGGGCUAUAUCUCUUCGCACCUUAGUAUCUAGUUCUGAGUUAGUUGCUGUGAACUUUAUGUCUGGGUUUAGUAGGUCUCUGUUUAGUUUGGAAGUCUGUUGUUGUCGAGUUUGUAGUGUUAUUUCCUGGAGUGGAGCUGUUGGUUUCAGAGAUAUGAGUGUUGAACUUGAUGUAUUAGCUUGAGAAGCAUUGGGUGUUCUGUAGUCAAAUUAUGGUUUUAGUGUCUAUUUGAUGGAUGGCUCA